UUUGCUGAGGAAACCUCAAUCUUUUGGCAUUGUAACUGAACAACAGGUGUGCACCAUCUGAGUGCACGAUGCUCUAAAAAGUGACAUGAAAGAGUCGAGUUUUCGCUCCUGCAGGGCUCAGCUCUCUCAGCCACUGCUCUGCCAUGCCGCGGUCGUUUCUCGUCAAGAGCAAAAGGACUCAUCUGCUCAGCACAUUGAAGGACUCCUUCAGACAGCAGUCCAAACCGGACGCUGAGGAGCCUGCGAUGGUGAUACAAGACGGCAGGAACCGUCAAGAUGCUGUGCAGCCUUUAUGCCCCACGUUGGGGGUCAAAGAGGCUCUGUCUGAAGCCUGCCCAUCGUGGGCUGGGAUCCACUCCAAUAGCACCCCUACGGAUGAUCUUUCAGUCCCAGUGGAGAAAGGAGACGCCCCUCUCCUGGUCUCGCCAUGGUCUUCCAACAGACACCAGGCGUCCGACAGAGAGCGAGAGCUGGAGAAGCUGGUCUUCAUGUUGGUCAACCACACGUCCCACACUGACCUUAAAUCCCCCGUCAGCGAAUGUCCGCUCUGUGAAAAGUCUCUUUCAGAAGUCCAACUAUCAGGAGGUGGUCUGCAGCCUCAUGGUUACAACACCCUGUCUGUCCCACUGACAUUAUCACCCACAGCCACAGCCACGCCUCACAUGGGCUUCGGCUUCAGAGCGGUUGGCAACUAUGGCAGAGCAAAGGAGCGUAGCUUUGGCUGCAAGGUUUGCGGGAAAGUGUUCAAGCGCUCGUCCACUCUGUCCACACACCUCCUCAUCCACUCGGACACCCGGCCCUACCCCUGCCAGUACUGCGGCAAAAGGUUCCACCAGAAAUCAGACAUGAAGAAGCACACCUUCAUACACACAGGGGAGAAACCACACAUCUGCAAGGUGUGCGGGAAAGGAUUCAGCCAGAGCUCCAACCUCAUCACCCACAGCCGAAAGCACGGCAGCUACCGGCCGUUCAGCUGCCCGCGCUGUCAGCACAGCUUCCAGCGCAGGGUGGACCUGCAGCGCCACCAAGAGACUCAGUGUGGCUAUGGACACAUGUACACUCCAAUCUGAGGACAUGAAGAGAUGGCAACGCUGGGAGAAAUGGCAUCUGUAUAUAAUAAUAAUAAUAAUAAUAAUAAUAAUAACAUUCAUUAAUGUAAAAGUGAAAAACAGAAAUUCAAUGAUAGCAUGCAUUUUCUAUAAAUAAAGCUGUACUGGUUUGCUUAAGGAACAUCAUUUUAUCCUCCUUGUGUUAAGUUGAGAAACUCUAUGAUCUUUAAAAAGAAAACAAAAGUUAUUCACAAAUAAUAAUGGGAAUGUUUUCAAAGGAUGUGCCAGACAGCAGGGUUCUUAAAGGAACAAUAUCCGGUCAUGUUUAGUAAUUUUCAGAGAUUACUUCCCUUAAAAAGUUGUGCGAUCGCAGUGUGUGUCUGUGUGUGAUUGCCCCCAUUACAUCCCGAUGGAGACGACUGAUGAUGAUCCACUCACAGGAUGCACUCUGACUUCUGCAAGUCUAUUUUAAAAUUACUUUCUGAGAACGAAAGAAAAACAUAGCUGUGAAUUUGCAGCAGCACGUCUACAGUACGACUGAUUAAUAGGUGCAAUGAUCAAUACUUUUAAAUAAACCAUACA